AUGACCUCCAGUCCUCUGGCUGAUCGGCCAGCUAGUCUGGACAACGAGCAAGAUAGUGAGCUCAGCGAUCCAGACAGCACUGUCCGGACACCACCGCGUGCGGCUGAGCUCGAGGAGGAAAUAAUUGUCGAAACCAAGGAAAACGGGCCUUCAGCAGAGCCUGUCGACGACGGAGACGAGGCCAUGGCAGAUGUUGAUGGGGAACCCACGGCAUCUCACUACCCUAAGAGAAAGCGCACCUCGAUUUUCAACGACCUCAGUGAGAGCAAGAUUGAGAUUCCUACAUCAAUCCGCCCAGAGCGCCCUGAACGCACAGCUCUCCCCAGCACCUCCAACAAGGCUAGGCCUCGCAACGCUCUCGGCGGUGUCAAGGGAGUCUUGCUUGGACAUUGGAGGGAUUCCCCGGUUCCGGAAUUCGAGAACAAGCAUGGCGUCAUUGGCUUCAUCGACGUCCGUGACAGGUUACGCACUCGCAUUCAACCCAUGAGUAAGGAUGGAGGGACCAUUGCCGCCGAAUACCCGCUUCCACCUGGGCCAGGUGGCAGCUGGGUUACCUUUGAUCGCAUUUACUUCUCCGACCACCUGGUCGGUCUCGACCAUUUCCAAGUAAAGGAAUACGUUCGCAUGCGAGCUGCCGCCGCUGAGGGCAAUGAAGAAGAAGAUCGCGUGGCCGCGGAGGCAGAAACCGUCAAAGCGGCAACCAUCAGAGGACGCGAGCUCCUUCAAAUAGAAAACCCUGCCGUGGCUCCCUUGGUCGCCCAUGGUGCCCUCCCGCUCGGCGCAAACGGUGCCGCGGCGGUGAUAGAUGCCAAACGACGACGAACUAGCACUUCGUUCGUUGCCAUUGCGCCGCAUCACGAGGAACCCUCCUCCGACCACUCACUCACCCUCGACCCUCUGCACGGGACGCGCCCAACCCGGAUCGUGCUCGGCUUUUGGCGGGGCUCCAGCGAAGAGAGCCCUCGCGACCGCCAUGCCGUCUACGGCAUCCUCGGACAAAACGACAUGUUCCGCGUCAAGGUGGUGCGUGAGACCCGUGACGGCCGCUACGUCGACGGGAACUUCCCCGUGGGCGCCGGCGCGCUCUGGAUCCACUACGAUGAAGUCGAAUUUGAACCGCACAUCAAGACUUUGAGUAGACCCGAGAUCAAGGAGUACUGCCGAAUCCGCCAGUACCAGCUGGACCGCGGCGAGGCGACUGGCGAGCGCCGAGCCAACGAGAUUCGCGCCGCCGAGGACGCCCGCGCCCGCGCCACCACCUUCCUCCCGCACCUGCAGAGCCUGGCUAAGACUUAUCCUACUCAGCCGCCGUCGCUGCUGCGACGCCCCGGCAGCGACGACUUUGACGUUUCGGAUUCGAUUGGGGGCGGCGGUCGGCUUUCAGGCGGCCACGAGCUGCGUCAACUUCGCCGCCCCGACUUGAGGCCCGCCACCCGUCACUCCCUCGGGGAUAUUGAAGCCGCCAGCGCCGCCGGUGGAGGCCUUCUCGCCAACGCCGCCACGCGCAGUGGCAUGCCGGGCGGCAGUGGCCCCAUUGAGCGCACCAACGCUCUCGCCCAGCGCGAAAUUGCACGCGUCGAGGCCGCCCAGGGUCGCGCCGACCGCCACGCCGUGCACCGCGAGCGCGCGGCUCAAGCGGCCGACGCGGCAGCUGCCAUGGCUGCCGUCGCUGCAGGCUCCACGGUACCGAGCCCGCCCACGACCAACGGCAGUAAUGGUGGAGGCCGUCCGCUGUUCCACGAGUCGGAAGACAUUGAGCGCCUCAAUCGCGUCUGGGCCCGCCAGGAGUCGCUUCGCCUGCGCGUCGGCUCCGAGGACGCCAAGAUUUACGAUGGCGUCAAGUACGAGCGCAAGCCGACCGGCCCGUUUAUGGGCAAGCUCGUUUCACAGGGCACCAUCAUCACGAUUGACGGAGAAGACUACGUCGAGUACCGCGUGCUCACCAAGCCCUCCUUUUUCUAA